AUGAACUGGUAUCAGCAUCGAAAAGCAGCUUUCCUAUUAAUAAUUGGAUUCUUAUGCGUGGUCUUCAUGAAGAAUAGUUCCUUCUUUUGGGACAGAGAUUUGGAACGUGAUUUAAAAUUUAUACGAAACUUAAUUGUAGGAAGAAAUGCUUCAUCAAUUGGAAGCACUUUACAACAAACCAAACCGACUCCCAAGUCCGAAACAAGUGCACUUUUUACAAAAAUCUGGAAGCAUUUGCUGAAGCCUCAUACAUACAGUCCCUUUCCAGAACCAGUAGACAAACAUUACUCCCAAGCUAGUCAAGAUAUAGCUGUGUAUAACAUAUUUCCAAAGAAAAAAGGAUUUUUCAUCGAAAUGGGAGCUUACGAUGGUAAAGUCCAUUCCAACACCCUGUGGUUGGAGAGAAAACACAAUUGGACAGGAUUGCUGAUAGAAGGAAACCCAGUAUCAUGUCCGAACAUAGACCGUGUAAAACGCAACUCCUGGCGUCUGUGCGCAUGCGUUGCACAUGAAAAUGAAACAAGGUUUAUAGAAGGGGAUGAACUAGGAGGUUCUGAAAAGGACAUGGCGGACAUUCACAUCAUUCAGUUGAAAGGGUACAAAAGGACCAAAGUACCUUGUUUUCAGUUAAUUAACAUAUUACAAUUGAUCGGUGUUUUCCACAUUAAUUACUUUACGUUAGAUGUUGAAGACGGCGAAAUGGCGGUGCUAAUCAGCAUGAGAGGGCAGUUAAUUUCUAGACAAAUAAUCGUUGAUGCAUGGACCAUUGAAUAUCAAGCUUGGGCAGUACCAAGAUUUGAUUGGGCUAAAGGAAAAGAAAAUUUGGCAAAUUAUCGUGCCUUUUUCAAAGAUAUAGGAGGAUAUGUCGAACACUCACAAUUGGCUUACGAGACACGUAGGCUAGAAGUUACUCACUAUCUUGAUGUUGUAUUUGUUUAUAUAGAGACAUGGUGUAAAGGUCAAGGUUCACUUCCAGACGGCAAAACAAAAUGUUCAUCAUUGUCACAUUAA